UAAUUAGGAAUUUCUUUGGAUUCUUUUUAUGAAUUAAUAUCUUACACAUUUACACAUUUUAAGCUAUACAUAAUAUUUUAUUUUACGUUUUUUUUUUCGACUGUUUUUACCGAUAUAUUGUAUAUAAUUCCUUUAUUAUCAGCUUUAUUCCAAUGAAUAUGAUUAAACCAAGUUCGAUUAAAUUUUUUAUAAAAUAUCGAUUUAUAUCGAUAAUAAUCAUUCUAUUACUACUUACCGAAGUUAAUUUAGCGAUUGACAAUCGAUUGGAUAGCCCAAAAAAUAUAUAUAAUUUCCAUUUAGUAGUAGAUUUUUCGUUGACGAUGAUUGUAUUUGGAUUGAUCGGAUGUGUUUAUGUUUUUUAUAGGAUUUAUAAGCAAUGGAUAUAUAGUAAAAGAAAAUUAGCCAUAAUAUAUAGAUUACCUUUCUAUACUGCAUGUACAGAUUUUUUAAUAAAUUGUAAUUUUUUUGUAAAUAUGUUACACACAGCUAUAUAUGCACAAGUAUGGGAUGACACACCAUGUAAAAUAAUUGGCGCACUUAACUGGGCAUUUCUUACGAUAAACUUAUGUUUUUAUGCUGUAAUAGCGGUAAUUACCUAUCUUCGAAUUUGCCGCGAAAUCAAUUUUAAUUAUGGUAAAUAUGAUUAUAAACUUUGGCUAAUUGUAAUUGCGGGAAGUAUAAUAAUUCAAUUGAUAAAUCUACAAAAUAAUGGUAAACGUGAAUAUUGGUGUGCUGCAAAAUCAGGACAAAUUAAUUCAGCAAUAAUAUUAUUUUCUACUAUAACGAUAGUAUUAACAAUAAUCUUAUUUUGUUAUAUAAGUAUAUUAAAAAAAAUUCAUAAAACUAUAAACUUUUUGAGAUUAUCAUUACCAAGUAAUCAAGAUGAUCGAAGUAAUAAUCGGAAUGAAAGUAAUGCGAAUAAUGAUAGAAUUGAUGGAAUUUCUGCGUUAGAAAGAUAUUCUGAAAUUGAAAAAAGGGCUACAAAAAAAAUUUUAAGUUAUAUAACUAUGUUCAUUUUACAAUGGAUUCCUAUGUCAAUUUCUCAAGGUGCUAGACUUGUUUUGAAUGAAGAACCGUGGGUUUAUAUUAUGGGGACUAUAGGACGUUCGUUUGGAGGAAUUGGUAAUGUAAUUCAAUUUAUAAUAAACGAGGGUUUCAUUCCAAAAUCUUAUAAUAAUGAUGAAUUACUUGAGAAUUCGAGAUCUAAUAUAAAUAAUAAUAAUGAAAAUAAAAUUGUUAUAAUUAGUGAGGGUGGUAAAUAAAAUAUAAUUAAAAAAUAACGCUAUUCCGUAAAUUUAUAAUAUUCUUAAUACGGUAUUAGGUAUACUUUAUGUUUAAAAACAGGAUCACGGAUAUAUCACGGAUAUUCUUGAAAAAUAAAACACUGUAUUUAUUUAUUUUUUAAUACAAUAG